GUUGCGUCCGCUGAGCCGUGGGCGGAGGCAAGAAUUUAAUGCAAAUCCAGUCGGGAGAACCGAAGAAGAGAAGGAGUGGUCUUGAGAGAGAGAGAGAGAAAGAGAGAGAAAGAAAAAAAAGAGGAGAGAGAGCAUUGUUUUAAUGCGACAGGGCCCGAGGCGAUAGCGGCCGGUCGGGAUAGUUUCCUGAGGAAUUGUGCGGGGAGAGGGAGCGAGGGGGCCGGCGGAACGGCUUCAAAACAGACCGCUGCUCGACCGCCAACAGCUGCGCGUUUGUUUACUUCAGGGACGUGUCGUCUUUUCGACAUAUAUCACAAAUAUUUAUUAGGAGUAGCCUAAUUGUUUUAUUAAUACGGUCACCGGGAGUGGCGUGGCAAAUUUGAGGAGUGAGUAUUUCACAUUUUCUUUUGAAACGGAAAAAUAACAUUCCUGUUCUUUGAAAAAAGAGGGAAGGAAAGAGAGGAACAUCGAUGAAAAUAAUUUCUUUUUUUUUUUUUUUUAAAGAAAUUGAUUAGACUUCUUCCUGAAGAGUUACAUUCAAUAUCUAUCUCUCUAUAAUCUAAGAAAAGGGGACGAGACAGACAGAAAAUAUGAUGAAAUCAAACUGAGAACCUCUUCGCCUUUAAAAUUACUCCAGAAAUAAUACGAAUAGAAUUUAUAUUAUUACUUUUUUUUUUUAAAAGCCAGCUUAAGCUCAAUUUUUUAAAAUUCCAGAAUUGGGGUGGGGAGUGAAAACGCACCGAGAAGCGUUUCAACGAAACAGAUUCAGAAACAACGACGCAGAACAAAUUGAAGUCGAGUUUGCUUAAGAACAGAACAAUGAAAGAAACGAGGUUUUUCACAGUUUUGGGAGAAUUAAGAUUUAUUCUGUGAUAAUAUUGUAAUUCAGUGUAGUUCUAAGAGACGUCUCGACUUUAAAUGUUAUUGAUAAGAUUCUGAAUACUUGAUUGAAGCUCUAAAUUGGCCACUGCGUUGUUUCACAGUGUGUGUUUUAUAUUUAAAAAUAUAUAUAUUUUUUGAGGGGGGAAAGAGACGGCAAACUUAAUCUGAAGGAAAUCUAGUUUGUGUGUCUGUGUUUUGGGAAUUAAGUAUCUUUAGAACUGGGAAAUUCCUGAUUACUGGAAUUCUCUUGGGAUUACAAAAACUGAAAUUUUGGGUGUUUUUUUUUUUUUGUGUGGAAAAACUGGGAAUCUUUUCGUUUUUACCUCUUUUGGAAUUUUUGCAAAAAACAAAACUGGGAAUAAAGUGACCGGAAAAUUGUCGGAUUUACAAACAACUGGAUAAAGUUUCUCUUCACCGUUCUCUUGGAAUCCCCAACGUGGAAAACAAACAAACAGAUUUAGUUUUGUUUGCUUGGAGGGGCUGGGCGGGGGGGGGCAGGGGAAAGAAUUCCUUGGGAUUUCUGGACGUUUUGGGAACCGGAAUAUUCUUGGAUUCCGAGGAAAAAGAAAUGGGAAUGGCUGGAAAGGAUUAUGACCAUCUGUUCAAGCUGCUCAUAAUUGGAGACUCAAAUGUGGGGAAGAGCAGUUUGCUGCUCCGUUUCGCUGACAACACCUUCUCAGGCAGUUACAUCACGACGAUUGGGGUGGAUUUUAAGAUUCGCACGGUGGAAAUCGACGGGGAGAAAGUGAAGCUGCAAAUCUGGGACACGGCCGGACAGGAGAGGUUUCGCACGAUCACAUCAACGUACUACAGGAACACGCACGGCGUGAUCAUCGUCUAUGACGUGACGAAUCCAGAGUCCUUCGUGAACGUGAAGAGGUGGCUCAACGAGAUCGGACAGAACUGCGACAACGUGUGCAAGAUACUGGUGGGUAAUAAGAGCGAGGACCCCUCUCGCAGUCAGGUGGACCCCCAGGAUGCCCGCAGGUUCGGCGAGUCGAUGGGGGUACCCCUGUACGAGACCAGCGCCAAAGAGAACCUCAAUGUGGAGGAGAUGUUCAUGGGGAUGACGCGGAUGGUUUUACGGGCCAAGAAAGCAUCGCAGGCCAGACUGGAGAGGAGAGGAGAUCUGGUGAAGAUCAAUAGCAAGCCCAGUAAGAAGAAGUCCAAGAAGUGUUGCUGAGGGAGGAGGAGGAGACGGA